AUGGCUUUGGCUCCUCCUGUUGUUGCUUCAUUCGAAUGGACCAUUGACGCUGCAAGAGAAUUAAUUCGACUUCGACGCGAGAAUCAUGACGAUUUUGAGUUCGUUCCUAACAAUCGCCAUGAAAGGAUAUGGAGAACCAUAUCCAACCAAUUGUUUCUUAAUAGAGG